UGAACAGUUGGCCUUCCCCAGAGUGCUAAGUCUCACUAGCCGGUCUGGGCUCUCCUCUGUCCUUUCACUGUUCUCCUUAUCAUUUCCGCUUCUUCUUUCCACUGGGUCCAAUCUCGCCCACGGUGUGUGUGUCCCCAAGCGCAGAACCGGCUACUAAAAUGAGUAUUCGUGGUUUCUGCCUGGGAACCAACCCCUGGAGCCUAUGGCCCACCCUCCCGGGGCUCAGGGGGUUGCUGGUGCUGGGACUGAUCCUGGGCCUUCAGACCGCCAGCUCCAACGCUUUCUAUCUUCCCGGGUUGGCGCCAGUCAAUUUCUGCGAAGUGAAUGGAGAGACCAAUUACUGUCAGUCAUCAAUAGAACUGUAUGUAAACAGAUUGGACUCAGUAGAGUCUGUGCUGCCUUAUGAAUAUAAUACAUUUGAUUUCUGUCAUGACUUCAAAAAGCCAAGUCCUUCUGAAAAUCUCGGACAAGUACUGUUUGGAGAAAGAAUUACAUCGUCUCCUUAUGAGUUUUCCUUUAACAAGUCAGAGACAUGUGUGAAAGUUUGUAUGAAAUCUUAUGAUACAGCAAAGGAAGAUCAAAAGAAAAAGCUGGAUUUUUUGAAGAGAGGAAUGCAACUGAAUUAUCAACAUCACUGGAUUAUUGAUAAUAUGCCAGUGGUAUGGUGUCGUGAUAUAAAUGGUGGAAAUAAGUACUGUACAACAGGAUUUCCAAUAGGAUGCUUUGUUACCCAAAGUGGCGUAUCCAGUGAUGCUUGCUUCAUGCACCCUGAAUUCAACAAAACUAAUACUUACUACAUCUUCAACCACGUUGAUAUUACCAUUACAUAUCACAGUGAAAAUGAAGUAGAUUGGUAUGUUUCAAAAUUGGUUUCUGCUAGACUUGAACCCAAAAGCUAUAAACAUGUAGAUGAAAACCAUCUAACUUGCAAUGGAACCCCUAUGGAAAUCCCUGGAGACUAUACAGAUAAGUUGAACAUCACCUACACUUACUCUGUGAAAUUUGAA